AUGUACCGAAAAACUGAGUUUUGUUAAAGUAAGAAAAGCCCGCAAAAAAUGGCAUCCGAUCAAUCUGAGAGGCAAAGUUGGGCUGAAAGACAGCAGAAAGGCGCAUGCUUUACUUGCGGAAAGCCAGGUCACUGGGCACUGGAUUGCCCUUCCAACCACCUAAAGGCAAAAUCUCCAUCUCCGGUCGACAACCACCUCCUGCCGGUGCUGCGCUGCCACUGCGGGGUGGCUUGCACCGUCUUUGUUGCCCAAAGCGUCGCCAACGCCGGAAAAAGAUACUAUUCUCGUAAUUGUAAAUGCGGCGGCAAUGUCACCCAUGGCAGAAGCUUCUACAAAUGGUGCGAUGAUGUCAAGGCUCCCAUGUGUCAGUGCAACGCCGGAGCCUGCACCGUUAAUAUCCUGAGAGACGAAAAUGGGAAGGAGACCAACUACUAUACUUGCCGAAUUAGAACGGGACAUGGAGCCUGUGGUUUCUUGCUAGUCGAUACUCCUCCAAGUUCUCCCAAUUCAUGGUCUUCGAAGAUAGACAAAAGACCAUCAACACCAAGUCCCCAGCAUUCUGGCUUACCGAAUAUUAAGGCUCACCAAAUAUCUGCUGCUGGAAAUGGAUAUGAUGAAGUUGACGAUGAACCACAAAAUGCUCUUGGAUAUGAUAUGAAACCAUUGGGUGUUCCUUCAGAGACUUCGAACCUCGAGACAGCCUUCACUCCUAUGGAGGAGGAAGGUGUAACAAGUACAACACUGGAGGAAGUUGGAAAGAAUGAUCAGCUCACUCAUUUGGAGUCAAUGGAUACACCUGAUCAAAAUACCAUGUUACCAGCAGUAAAGGAUACUCUCGAAGCUUUGGUUGGCCCAUUGAUUGACUGCGGACCUUUUGAUGAGCGUAUGGUGGAAUCUAUUCGGGGUAUAUCUAUAGCCGCAAGAAUGGAGCCAACUCUCCAAGAUAACUGCAAUCAUGCAGUGAAUUCAAACCCAGAAAAUAUAGGGAAAUGUACAUAUGAUAUACCCAGCAUCAAUGCAGAAGCAUUGACAGCCAAAACAAACACUGGAAGUUAUCAUCUCCAGUCAGUCCAUGUAGCGGCUUCUUGUAUUAAGGAUGCACUCUGUCAAAUGGAGAAGCUUGAGACUUAUCUUCUAAAAGCUGCUAAGGAUGUGGGGCAGUCAAAGAGAUGCAUACAGGCUGCAUAUCAAGAGCUUACAAAAUUCCUUGAAACCUCCGCAGGAGAAACAAGAGGGAACGCAUUGCAAAAUGGACAACAUUAAACGAGUUCAGGUGAAAUUUAUAUGCUAGAUCAAAGGAAGAUGAUACAAGAUGGUAGAACUACUUCAAUGAAGCAGGGUGAUGUCUGGCUGGCAGUAAGAAGAUCAGAGGAAAGCUAGGACCCCAUUAGAUUACAGGCCAGAAGGUGUAGGUGUACUUAAUGUAAUACUGCUAUUAUGUUUUUGUUUGCAUAACUUGUAUAACCAUGCAGGUGCGGAU